AUGAACGUGUCGGAAUAUUCGUUUUAUGAGAAUAUUAGCGACGAAUUGAAAUAUUUGGAAAAAGUACGCGGCCCUAAGUAUUUACCCUUAACGUUGAUAGUGCCUAUCACUCUCACGUACGUCGUCAUCUUUGUAACCGGAUUUGUUGGCAAUAUCAUCACUUGCAUCGUUAUUUGGAGAAAUCCGACCAUGCAGACACCGACGAACUAUUACCUGUUCAAUUUGGCGGUAUCCGAUUUGCUGUUUCUAAUACUGGGUUUACCCUUUGAAUUGAGCGUAUUUUGGCAACAAUAUCCAUGGCAAUGGGGAUUAGGAAUAUGCAAACUAAGAGCGUACGUCUCUGAAACGUCCUCUUACGUGUCAGUAUUAACUAUAGUGGCAUUCUCAAUAGAAAGAUAUUUGGCAAUUUAUCAUCCUCUUCGUCAUUAUCAAAGCGGUUUGAAACGUGCUAUACGGUCUAUCUUUGGUGCAUGGUUGAUAGCUUUAAUUUUUGCUAUGCCGUUCGCAACUUACAUCGAUAUCAAUUACGUUGAAUAUCCACAAAACUCCAAACGAAAUUCAGAAGAGUCCGCGAUUUGUGCGAUGCUGAAAGAAAACAUGCCUGAAUUUCCUCUCUAUCAACUUAGCUGCAUCCUCUUUUUCCUCAUACCAAUGGCGUUUAUCGCGGUGCUUUAUAUUCGGAUAGGAUUACGAAUACAAAGUGAUAGCCUUACGGAGAACGUCGAGGGAUACGUUCACGGGGAAACGAAACAAGUCCAGUCACGAAAAACCAUCACACGAAUGCUGAGUGCCGUGGUGAUCACAUUUUUCAUCUGUUGGGCGCCGUUUCAUGUUCAACGAUUAUUAUAUGUGUAUGAGGACUCGACAUACGAUGACAUAAACCAGUGGGUAUAUCCGCUCACUGGUUGUCUUUACUACUUCAGCACGACUAUUAAUCCUAUAUUGUAUAAUGUGAUGAGCGCGAAAUAUCGGAACGCUUUUAAAGAAACGUGUCGAUGCUCGCCUAGCAAUCCAUCCAUUCCCAGAACCGGCCUAAGUAGCGUGAGAGAUUCGAGUAUAAUUUGUGGUAACAAAAAAUCUCAGGUUUUUCGUGGAAGAAGUGCAAAUAAACAAAAUAGUUGUAACAUAUACAACGCAUCGAGCCGCAUGGAAAACAACUUACGAGGGGAAGCGCAGCUAGACCAUAGAGAAAAGCGACAAAAUGUAUUUGCAAACGAUUCGUUGACAGCGGAAAACAAUGAAAUUGUAGCUGCACAGUUUUUAAAUCAAUUAAAAAAAUCAUCAGUUUUGGUGCAUACGAAAAAUGGACGUCUCAAAUAUCAAGUGUCUGAUAAUAAUACAUCUACAAAUGAGACACAUAUCUGAUUGCUGAAUCGUAAAAAAAGGUAAAUAUACAUAUUGUAAAAAUAAUUUCGA